CAAGGCAUGUACCGUCCACAUAUGCCGUCGUCUUCUCCGGCGACUCAGUUUCAGCAAGCACAUCUCAUGGAAAUACAACCUGGACCUCACAUGACUGAAACACUGGUUGAUCCAAAUGUUGCACCUUGGAUCAUGGACUCCGGUUCAACAGCUCAUUUGUCAUCUUCGCCAGAUUAUAGAGAAGCUAAAGAAUGAGUUCCCAAUGUCAGACCUCGGCAAGUUACAUCACUUUCUUGGUGUUAAGGCUGAUUUCAAUAAGAAAGGGUUGUUCCUAAGUCAGCACGUCUAUGCUCAAGAUAUCAUCACAAGGGCUGGAAUGGUAGACUGUAAACCAUGCGCAACACCAGUUGAUCUCAAGUCCAAACUUUCUGCAACAAAAGGUGAACCAGUCCCUGAUCCGACUACCUAUCGACGUCUAGCUGGAGCUCUACAGUAUUUAACAUUCACUCGUCCCGAUAUAGCUUAUGCAGUUCAUCAAAUAUGCUUGUAUAUGCAUGAUCCAAGAAUACCGCAUAUGAAUGCUCUGAAGAGAAUCAUCAGAUACUUACAAGGCACAAAAGCUCAUGGCCUACAAUUAUAUCGCGGUAGUAUCAACACUCUUACAGCUUACUCGGAUGUGAAUAAUCUAACUGCGUACUCCGACGCGGACUGGGGCGGAUGUCCGGACACUCGGCGUUCUACUUCCGGGUAUUGUGUCUUCCUUGGUCAAAACUUGGUUUCUUGGUCAGCAAAACGCCAGCCUACAGUCUCAAGAUCAAGUUCAGAGGCUGAGUACAAAGGAGUUGCAAAUGCAGUUGCUGAACUAACUUGGUUACGAAAUUUGCUGCGCGAACUUCAUCUCCCUGUAGUAAAGGCUUCAGUGGUUUACUGUGACAACAUAAGUUCAGUAUAUUUGGCUUCCAAUCCAGUUCAACAUCAACGAACCAAACAUAUUGAACUUGACAUACACUUUGUUCGAGAAAAGGUUGCUAUAGGAGAAGUUAAAGUCAUUCAUGUGCCAUCUUCACUUCAAUAUGCAGACAUUUUCACCAAGGGUCUUCCAACGUCUUUAUUUAAUGAGUUUAGAGACAGCUUAACCAUCAGGGCACCCGAUGCUUCACCUGAGGGAGGGUGAUAGAAUAUAUUCAUAUUCUGUUACAAUCUCUAGUUAUUCUCGUAUAUAUUGUUUUGUAUAUCCCAUAUAAUGUGGAACUACUUGUAACCUCUUUGGCUAUUUAAAGUCAUGUACAUCAAU